AUGCCGGCCUUUUUCUCGCGAGUCUUCCGCAGCAAGGACGCAAAUGCUUCCAAAAAGCAAUCCAAACCCACGGCGGCCACCGAUCUCAUCCCCGCGAAGCCCAAAUGGACCGACGCCUGGCUACGGACAGAGGUCGCCCCCGAAGAGGUGCAGGAUCUCAUUCGAGGCUGUUCGCAUGAGUUGAAAGCUCGAGCUCUCAAUACCCCAUUUCUCCUGCUACCAUACCGUCCGAGCUCCGAUCCUAGCGCCGCACGCACAUUCAUCCGAAACUACUUCAACCAGUCGUUCGACAAGGGAGCUCCCGUCAGUGGAGAUGAGUUGAUGCAAGAGUUGCGGCUGACGGAGCCGAUGGUCUUGUGCAGUGUGAUGAAAUGGUGUUGGAGCCGAUUGACUGGCGGUGUGGUUACAUGGGAGGCUUAUGAACUGUUCAAGGUUGGUGAACAAGAUUCGGAUUUGGCCCGCGAUGCAUUCUCUACGUUCAUCCCCAUCAGUGUCGACUCCGAUGCCCGCACGAAGAUUAUCUUUGACUUCUUCGAUCUCUUGGCUGCCAUCGCAGCCCACGGCAAAUCAAACGGCCUGGGAGGCCGUAAGCUCUCGCGAUAUGCCGGAUGGUGGGCUUUCGAGCACAGCGACACCGGCAAUGGCUUCGAGGCUUCUUACAAGAACUGGGCAGCUGCUGCCGAUGCCACAAGUCACUUGUUCUUUGCUUAUCUUCGUUCCCUCUCGCCUGAUAUGCCGCGCGGCGUGACCGGUAUCUCGUCGCUGCCUAUUUCUCUUCAGACCUUGGUGGAGGCCACCGAAUACCCCCCCGAAACCCCAACUUUACUUCAGGUUACCACCACCAAGGUUGUUAUGAUCGUCGAUACCGUCUCGCCUACACCGUUUUCUCUGCUGCGCCGGGCAAAGAACUUUGAAUACCGCGACGAACACUGGCACCUGCAAGAGUUUGCCAACUACGAAGAUCCCGUCAAGGCCUUGACGGAUGAAUGUCUGCGUGUGCUUAAAUGCAUUUCCACCACAAACGAGUCUAGCGUGUCGAGCUCGAAGCAAUCUACUAGCUUGCGUGACGCCUCGUGGUCCCGUUUCGAAGACAUCGGUUUCGGUGGUUCCAUCGAGUCAGAUCCAGAGGAUGAGGAGAACAAGCCGCCAGUAAAGACGGAGUUCAGCGGUAUGAGGACCGCUCCUCAAUCGCAGGGUGGAGACCUUGGCCGCCCCACGACUCCGUCCUGGGCAGAUUUCAUGUCGUCUGGCUUCACGGACGAGGCGAACCUCAAGGACCGGGUUGGUCCCCUUCUUUUGCCGCCAGACAAGGUUCUCCCGCCAAUUGCGGCCACCCGUGGCCAGAGCUCACAGUCGCACAAGCGCAACUUGAACGCUGAGCCCUCACUUGAGCCAGCUGAGCUGGCCAGUAUCAGCACUCUAGAUAUGGACGAUUCCUUCUGGUGGGUCUGGAUUACUAGUCUGUCUGGCGACGAGCCUGGUGCUCGCAAGGCUGUAUUCGGCCGUUGCGCCCUCAUUGAGACUCGCAUCCGAGAUACCAAGUGGCUCGUCUUGGAGGAGCAAGUGAAGGGAGCCGCCCCGGAACCGGAAGCUGGUGCCCAGAUCGUCGAGAAGAAGCGCUUCUUCAGCUUUGGCAACCGCAAGGGUGCUAGCAAGCUGAACCGGAGCAAGUCGUCGGCCAAGAAGGUCUCUUCGAUUGAAGAAUCAUACCAGCGUCCCAACAACUUGGCUCCACAGAGCAAGACCAGCAUUGGCCCUGAUCAGCACAAGAGGAUCCAGGCCGCUGCCGCCGCUCUCCAGAAGAAGCACCGUGAACAGGAAGCCGAGGCGAACCAAGCCCGAAACGGCCCGGGUGAUGACACUCGCUCGACCAAGACUAACUCCGUGAUGACGCUGCAGCCUGCUAUCGUGAACGAGGCCUCCUCGGCCAUGAAGUGGGCUAGCAACUAUGACAAGAAUGCGUUCCGUGCUGCCUACUUGAGCAACAGCCGUGCUGGCACCGGCACUCUGGCCGAAGGUGCGAACGGCGAAACCAACGGUUCUCACGAACAGCCGACUACUCCUCCGCCUGCUCCUCUCCCGACCGGCACUGCUAAGAGUGGCCCUCCACCACCCCCGAAGGACAGUGGGGCCUUGGUUACACCACUGCCUCCCUCCCCCGAACCCGUCAAGCAGGAGCUUGCCAAGCAGCCCGUGAUUGAAGAGAAAAAGAAGGACAUUGCCAAGACGGUUGUCAUCGAGGACCCUGCCGAGUCUCAGCCCAAGCAAUCUAUUGACGAGGGUGGGAAGAAGCUCAAGAAGAAGACUGGCAAUGCUGGCUUCAAGAACAUGUUCGGCAAGAAGAAGGCCGAGCAGCAGCAGCAACCGCAGCCGCCCAUGAAUACUACUGGUGCUAGGGAGACCUCUGCGGUGGCCGCUGCUCGUGCCGCUCUCGAGGCCAAGGCAAAAGAGUCCCAGGACCCGGUCUCCCGGUCGGCUCUUCCCAAGCCUAGUGCCAUCAAGAAGAAGCCCAUUCCUGCCGUCGCGGCCGAGUCCACUCCGGCCUCAGUCCCAGCCGCAGCUCCAGAGCCCGCAGUUGAGAAACCCUCUACUCCUCAGCAGAACCCCAAGCCCGCCCACGAGGAGCCCCAGCUGCCCUCUCAGGUGAUCGAGGGCAGUGGUAGUCCGCCAAAGACCCGCCGUGCCCUUGAGUACGACGCCCUCUCGCGUGUUGACACCAACGAGGCCAAUGACGCCGACCAGGAAUUCUCCAAGUUUGACCAGGGUCCUCUCGUUGAGCAGCCCGCAUUUGUCCCCGAGGACUCCGCCGUGGAGGCGCACCCUACCGAAGAGGUGCUCCCGAAGUCGCCGACCAACGGUCAGAGUCAAGAGGUGAAGCAUGAAGUCCAGACCGAACCUCAACCCCAAUCUGGACGCUUCACCAGCACCGAGGACCGCUGGGCUCAGAUCCGUAAGAAUGCGGCCGAGCGCCGUGAUGCCACUCUCCCUGCCACCGAGGAGCCCGAGGCGCGGACCAGCCAGUCCGAGCGCACUGACGAGGGUGAUACCAGCGGCGAAGAGACCAUUGAGUCGCGUGUCGCCCGUAUCAAGGCCCGUGUUGCCGAGUUGACCGGUAACAUGGAGAACUCGCGCUAA